AGUAGGCCUAUAAUUGCAUAGUCAAGAAUGAGGGCUAGAAAAGCUUUUCCUGGAACUUGACAGUAAAUAUUACUUUUUAGCAGUGAUGCCAUUAAGGGGGCAGGUACUGUAGACUAGCGGUUAAGAGCGUUGGGCCAGUAACCAAAAGUUAACCCUCUUAAUUAACCCUAAUUGCUCCUGUAAGUCCCUCUGGAUAAGAACACUUGCUAAAUGACUAAUGUUAAAAAAUAAAAAGAAUGUAUCAAGAAGAUGCAGCCAGCACUUGCCCAAGGAUGAUGGUUGGGAUCCUGGACGUGGACCUGUGUGGUCCCAGUAUCCCCCGCAUGCUGAGUGUGGGCAAGCCAGAGGUGCACCAGUGUGACUCGGGCUGGGUGCCCGUCUACACAGAUGCCCAGAAGAGCCUGGCGCUCAUGUCCAUAGGCUUCCUGCUGGAGGACCCAGACGAAGCAGUUGUCUGGAGGGGCCCAAAGAAAACGGCUCUGAUUGGCCAGUUUGUGUCUGACGUGGCGUGGGGGGAACUGGACGUGCUCCUGGUGGACACCCCCCCGGGGACGUCAGACGAGCACCUGGCCGUCCUGGAAAACCUGAAGAAGCAGCACAAAGUGGACGGAGCCAUUCUGAUCACUACACCGCAGGCAGUAUCGACGGGGGACGUCAGGAGAGAGAUCACGUUCUGUAAGAAGACAGGCUUGCGCAUCCUGGGGAUUGUAGAGAACAUGAGUGGAUUCGUGUGUCCACACUGCUCUGAAUGCAGUAAUAUCUUCUCCAAGGGAGGAGGAGAGGAGCUGGCCAAGUUGACAGGAUCAGUAUAUUUGGGCUCUGUGCCCCUGGACCCUCUGCUCACUACCAGUAUAGAGGAGGGUAAAGACUUCAUCCAGACAUUCCCAGACAGUGCCACCUUCAGUGCCAUCAACAGCAUUGCACAGACCCUCCUAACAAGCAUACAGAAUCCCUGAGCAUUCAAAUCCCAUUGCAUAUUCAAUAGCAAUACAGUAUCGUAGUAUUUAGCCUUUGUAAAAUCAUGUUGAUAUAUAUAUUAUCGCACGCACAACCGCACAAGACAUUUUUACAUUGUAUCUAUCUUGUCAUAUACUACUGGUAUGUAAGCUUCAGAAAUGUACCCACAUGUAAUACUUCACAAUUUUAAUAAAGUGUGCUGAUAUUUAA